GCCUGUUUGCGCAUGCGCAUAUCUCAUUAGCAACACCAUUUUGGCUCUCAGUUAGCUUUUAGUUUCUAAAACACGUAUAAUUUCUCCCACUUUUGUAUUAAAGUUAAAACAAACACAGAGCCGUCAGCUGUUUGGAAUCCGGAACUGAACCUUUGUUCUUCAGGGAAAUGGACGGAGAAGAGGAAGACUUUGUUUCCGGGAGAAACUCGGAUGAUGGAGGCGGCACUCCGGUUCAGGAUGAACACCCAGCGUCAGAUGGCGAGGAGGCGAGGAGCACCGGACACCAGUCUGAGGACAAUGGCAGCCACUAUGGAGACCCCCCCCAGGCCAUGGAGGUCGGCGGCUCCGACGACGAAGAGGAGCAGCGAGGAGGCGGCAGUGACUCGGAGGCUCGCCCUCGACCCGCCGCCAGCGAUGACGACGAAGAAUCUCCUCCGGUGAAACGCGGGAUGAGCGGCUCAGAGGACGAGUCGCCCGUCAAGCAAAAAUCAGAUAAUGAGGAGGGGGGGGCGUCACCUCCCUCCAAACGCAGGGGGAGCAGCUCAGACACGGAGGAGGAGGGGAGGAAAGAGGAGAGGCGUAAAGCAGACAGCGACUCGGAGAACGAGAAACACAACAGUGACUCUGAAACAGAAACGCCUGCGAAACGCAAGGCAGCAAAGAUAGACUCUGAGGAAGAGGAGGAGGGGGGGGAGAAACAGCAGGAGGAAGAAGGGGGAGGAGGAGGGAAGUGGAAGGCUGUGAUGCAUUCUGAUAGUGAGGAGGAAGAGGGGCAGGGCAAAAAGAAGAAGGCUGCAGCAGGAAGUGAUGGAGAGCAGCAGAAAGACGAGAGUGAAGACGAGAAGCCGGUGAAGAGGAAGAAGGCCGUCCUGUCAGACAGCGAAGAUGAAGACAAGACGAACAAACCAGUGAAGAAGAGUCGGGCGAUGUCUGAGGAGGAGAACUCGGACAGCGACGGACAUGACGACACUUUAGCCAAACUGAGGGAGCUGGGCUCCGACAGCAGCGACGAAGAGGAGCAGGGGACAAAGGCCACCGAGGGCAAGAAGGACGAGAAGGCGCUGUUCGGGAGCGACAGCGAAUCAGGAGAGGGGGAGGAGGAGGAGAAAAUGAUCGCUGACAUCUUCGGAGAGUCCGGAGACGAAGAGGAGGAGGAAUUCACGGGAUUCAACCAGGAGGAUCUGGAGGAAAAGAAGGAGGCGCAGGAGGAGCAGCAACAAGAGGAGUCCGACUCUGAUGACGGAGUGGACCGCAGCGGGCAGGACAUGAGCAUGAUGUCGGACUUCGACAUCAUGCUGGCCAAGAGGAAAGCCAUGAACAGCAGGAAGAGGCGACACCGCGACGGGGGAACGUUCAUCAGCGACGCCGACGACGUGGUCAGCGCCAUGAUCAGCAAGAUGAACGAGGCCGCCGAGGAGGACCGCACUCUGAACGCGCAGAAGAAACCGGCCCUGAAAAAGCUCACGCUGCUGCCGCACGUCGUCAUGCACCUGAAGAAACAGGACUUGAAGGAGACGUUCAUCGACAGCGGCGUGAUGUCGGCCAUUAAGGAGUGGAUCAGUCCUCUUCCGGAUAAAUCUCUCCCUGCUCUGAGGAUCCGAGAGGAGCUGCUGCGCAUCCUGCACGAGCUGCCCAGUGUGAGUCAGGAGACCCUGAAGCACAGCGGCAUCGGACGCUCCGUCAUGUUCCUCUACAAACACCCCAAAGAGUCCAGAGCCAACAAAGACCUCGCCCUGAAGCUCAUCAACGAGUGGUCGCGGCCCAUCUUCGGCCUGACAUCCAACUACAAAGGGAUGACGAGGGAAGAGCGGCAGCAGAGAGACCUGGACCAGCAGAUGCCUCAGAAACAGAGACUCAGUCAGCCUCAGAAGGUGGAGAGAGAGGAGCAGCCUGACGUCUUCUCUCCACCGAUCAGCUCGGGGGGGCAGACUCCUCGCAGAGAUCUGGAGAAACAGCUGACCGGAGAGGAGAAAGCUCUGAGACCCGGAGACCCUGGGUUCUGCGCCCGGGCUCGGGUCCCCAUGCCCUCCAACAAAGACUACGUGGUGAGACCCAAGUGGAACAUCGAGAUGGAGUCCAACAGGAGCGGCAGUAAGAAGGGCAUCAGCCGACUGGAGAAACACAAGCGCCGCAUCGCCGACCAGAGGAAGCUGACCCGGCUGCAGGGCGCCGUGAAGAUCAGCAUCGAGGGGAACAGGAUGCCGCUGUAGCUCCUGCUGACGCCUGCAGGGGGCACACGGCCCGAUGAAGAAGGGAAUGUCCCGCGUCGACAAACAGAUGAGGAGGAUCGCAGAUAUUCGCCGCAUGACGAAGCCGGGACACGCCGUGAAGAUCAGCGUUCAGGGGAACCACAUGCCGCUCUGAUUUUAGCUCGUAGGAUUUAGGCUUUUUUUUGUGUGUUUUUCCUGAAUAACCCCAAAGACCUCCGGCUGCUCUUCCUGAGGUCCAAUCAGAGGAGAAGGGACGAAGGAUUCAAAGGGACUCCAAAAUGAUCCUCAGAACCAGAGAUAGCUCAAUGCUAACAUAACAGGUUUACAUGAUCCCAAUAUUAGCUUAUGUUUGCAGUGAGCACCAUUAGCUUAUGCUAGGAAGUUAACUAAUGUUAGCACACUAGCAUCAUAAGCUUUAGCUUGGAGUUAAGUAUGUUAGCAGUUAGCUACAUCAGGUUAAGCUAAUGCUAACAUAUUAGCUACAUUGGCUUUAGCUGCAAGGUAAAGUAAUGUUAUAUUUGUAAAGCUCAACACUUCAUCUCAAGUGAUAUUUGUUCAGGAUGUACUUUACCUCUCCUCUUGCUAGAGAUUAGUGUCUGUUUUAACCCUCAUUUGAAGGGAAGGAGACUGGGAAGUGAAGCCGGUUCAAACCGCUCUGGUUUUAAAGAACUGAUUAAAAAACCUUUAGGGAUCACUUUUAACUGUCAUGAAUAAAGACCUUCAGUUUGAUGGACCCUGUAGAGGCGACAGUAAAUCUCCUGUGCCUCAGAGUCAGAUGUAUCUUACUCCUGAAGAGAUGGGGCUCGUCUGAGGAUCAUGUUGGGGACGUUUUGAGUUUUUUAUCCUUCGGUUUUCUCUGAACGUUUCUAACGUUGGAUUUGAGAACGAACUUUUCCCUGACGCCGUUUUUUGUUUUGUUUAUGAAGGUCCUCCUUUUUGUCCCCUCUGCUGCCGUAGCGUCUCUGUACAGAAGUCUGAAACUGUUCUGGAUCAGGUGAAACUUUUCUUAAUAAAACUCUGAAACUCA